AUGUCAAUCGCAAAAAAUUCAAUUCCAGAAGAGCUUAGGUCAGAUAGAAAUGUUAGUCCAUACAUUCAUCGAGCAAUUGAAUUGGAGAACGUUGAGCCAAUAAUUAGUUACUUUAAUAAGAUUUAUGUGCUUGAAUAUAUCCUAAACAACAAGAUCCAUACGAGAUCAAAGUCCAAUGAAGAAUUCACCAUCAAGCUCUUAGAUGACACUGAGUCCAUGAAAAAGGAUACAACAGAUGAAGGUCUCCAUACUGUUUUGAAUGAUAAGAACUUAUCUUUUCGUUAUGUUGUGAAGUUUGCCUAUAGCUUAUUCAAUUCAUGUCUCGAAAGUCUAAAGUUCUACAAUGCUGACAACAAAGCUCAGAUGAUCUCUAAAUUCAGAGCUGCAAUGUGUUUCUUGAAUGUACUUGAUGCAUUUGAAAGCUCAAGUGACAGCAUUGACUUUGCGGCGAUUUUUGGACCCAAGAUUAAAGAUUGGAACGAUUUCAAAGCCGUGAACAAAGAGAAACUUAAGGUGUUGAAAUACCAGCUCACAAGAUUAGCGAAGGAUGAAGUACAACUGGAGGAGGGUGUACAAUCCACCAACGCUGAUUUGGAAAGAGAGCUAGAAGAGGAAUUAAACAAACUAAGCACUGACCAGGGUGAUGAAAGAUUUGAGAAAGGUACUACUGAAAGAAUUGAAAGUGAAGAAGAAGAUGAUGACAUCACGCUAGAUGCUAAAGCCACUCCCAAAAACCCUUCUUCAUCGGAUAAUCCAAUCAAAGAUGAUUCCAUUGAAAACGAGUCUCACCAAGUGGACACAUCAAAUGCAGCUACAGCUGUCUAUCGUGGCUUAUCACAAAAUACCUCUGAUCUGAAUCUUGACAACAUUGGUACAGAUGAUAUGAAUCUCCCAGGGGCUCCCCAUUUCACUCCAGACGAAGGAUCAGACUCCGAAGGUGUGAAACUUCCCCAUGCACCGAAAUAUUUACCAACUGACGACUUAGCUGGCAUUAACAAAUCCGGAUCAAUUCAAGUAUUUGCCCCAAAUUCACCUGAGGGCGAUACCAAAUCUGUGACAGAAAGCGCGAAACAAGCAAGUGUAAAAAUGACGCGUCCAGCUCAUCAUGAAAAACCGCUUAGUAAAGAGAAUAUCAAGGAAAUAUUAAAUAGGGAUGAUGUAGUUGUGCAAAUUCAGAAGCACACUAAAUUUGCCAAUUCGGCUUUACAAUUUGAGGAUUUCAAUGAAGCGGAGAACCAACUUUUGAAGGGUUUGGAGUUGCUAAGAGCUUUGAAACGUCAAGAAGAAGAAUAG